UAAUUUAGGCAGAAAACAAAUUGUUUUAUAAACAUCGGUUACUUUACUAAAUCUUUAUAAUUCAAUAAAUCAUUACAAGACAAGGUUCCUAGAGAUGUUCACAUAAGUGUGGUGGUGGUCCUUGAAGCGUGUGAGCCAUAUCUCAUCCUCCUUCUUUACCAUAUCAUUCAAUUUCAACCUAAUUCCACCCACUCACGCAGUCAUUAACUGAAUCUACACAGAUAAUACAGCCCCGGAUCCAAUGGCCGUUAACAGUAAUAGACAAGAGCAGGACCAAACGCCGACGUCUACUGCCUCCCCGACGUAUUUGAUUAUCUUGAAGCUCAUGAGCAAACGCCGGACAUGGGUUCUCCUCUUCUUAUUUGUCUACACAAUCCUCUUGUCAUCAUCAUGGAACCUCCUACAAUCAGUUCUAUCAUGGUACGACGCCGCCGUUACCACCUCUCCUUCGUCUUCAACUGGGUGGCCGGCGAUCUACGCUUCGGUGGCUUUGGGUGUGAUUUUCGGCCUUCUUUCGAUGGCGGCCGCUUUAGCCGUGGCGAUUCCGGCCACCGUCGUCACUUGGAUAUCUGUGUUGGUUUUGUUGACUUUUUUUGGGAAGCCGAGGAAAUCGCUGGUGGUCGAAGGGAAGAAAUUGACGGCGGAGAUUACUCGGACGGUGGGUAAGAUAUUGAUCAAAGAAGGGAAUUUGGUUGCUGCUGUUUGUGCUGUUUUGGGGUAUUUCUUGCUAGUCAGGAAUGGCGGAAAAGACUAAAUUCAUUGCUAUGUACAAUUUUUGUUGCUUUAUGUAUAACUUAGUAUAGCAGUAACCAUUUUGGAUUUUGUUAUUUCUGUUCUGGAAAUACAUUUUGCCUCCUACUAUUCCAAUA